CUUCCUUCCUCCGCGGAGUACUGAGUCUACCGACCUACUGAACCACCGCCCUUAUUUACCAAAUUGCCAUUCAGUCGGAGCACUUCUUCUUUGAAGAUCUUGCGAGCAUCUCUUCUGUUCUACAGCAGACGUUGACGAUGCCUCUGAGGAGGAUGUUGGAAGUAGAAUCACCGAGUCCACUUAGGUACAUAAUGGGAGCGUUGGUCAUGAUGAUCGGAGUCGUUUUGCCGGUUGGGUACAUGAUGUUCCGAAAUAAGCGUGUUCCGACGUCUUCCUCCUACUCCAAGCAGACGUAGGAGUAAAGGCUUGAUCUAGAGAUAUUUGGGCAUGUUCAGUACUCACAGAAUUGUUUUCUAGUGUUGAUGGAAGAACUACCGCGUCUUGUUUGUAGGAGAUGAAGGGAAAGAAAGAGAAGGAACCCUCCAUUAAUCUGUACAGUAGUAGUAUGACAUUGUUGAACUGCAAUUGUGAUGUAUGGGUUGUGAGGAAUUUGAAUGCAAUGAUGAGCUUUUUGAUCAAAUAAAGAACACAUAUGCUUUGAUUCUUUUCCUUUCUUCUCUUUACCAGAUCAGAGAUAAAGAUGUCCUUUACCACUUAUUUCUCCCUUCUUGUUUGUUCUUAUUGUUUGAAUAAAGGUUUGGUCCAUCUGCC